AAAUGACAUUAUUAAUUAAGGAUAUUUAAACACUACUCGUUUGCGACCGUCCAUAAAUUUAUGCUUCGAAUUCUUCGAAAGUGCCAUAUAUUCUACGUGGAGAGAAAGACUUUGAUGUAAAAGUAAAUUUGAUCUCAGUCCGAUCAUUCGUGUACUCGGUUUUGUAAAUGAACAAAAUGUAAAUAAUGCGUGAUCAAUGAAAGGCGGAAUAUAUUUCAGGCGAGCUAAUUUCCUGAGAUUUCUAUGCCAGACAAACUUGCCAAAGAGAGCAAACGUUUUAUUCGCGUCCCGCACACAUGAAACGGGGACGAAAAAAAGAGUACAAUUAAAGCUUUUCGCGAGUAACAAAGUUCGCGCAUUAACGUGCUAUCGAGAAAAAAGCUUUGCUGCCUAGCUCGGAUUUUAUAAAAUUCAAAGCAUCAAAAAUCUUUUGCACUUGUACGUGUAUCUGUAUGUAACGUUUCUGAUUGCGUACCAGAAUUGUCCUUUUUAAGUGUUUCAUUUUACGAUUAUUGAUUGUUCAUUAAUAAUUGAUUAAUGCAAAUUAAGGCAAUAGUUUACAAGUGACCUCGACUAUUUAAUUAUUUUAAUUACUAAUUUUAUUAAUUACUCGUCUUUAAUACAUACUGUGCCAAAAUUUCAUUAAAAGUUUCUUCUCACGGAGAGCCGAUGUUACGAAACGAAUAACACGCUUUUCGAAAAAUGGAUACAAAAUGCGCAUACAAUUUCACAAAAUCGUGAUGUAACAGGAUGCAACGUUCUCUCGAAAUAGUGACGCGAACCCUCGUGGACCGCGGAUGGAUGCUGCUGAAUCGGCGGAUGACAAGAGCUUUGCCGUUCUCGUGCCGCUCACUAUGUGCAAGUAUCGUUAUCGUAACGCAUUCGAAAUCAGAGCUGCGUCAGGUUUCGCAUCAGCAUCUGGAUCUUUGAUGGGAUCGACAUUGGCGAUCGGUGGUAGGAUGCCCAGAGCCACUAUAAAUGACGUCGUCUCGAGAAACAUCACCAUGGUUCUCGAGAAUUUGUUGAUGAAUUACGAGAAUAGCCAACUGCCUACGCACGGUAAAGGCGUGCCCACAGUGGUGAAAACUAAUAUCCUGAUUAGGAGUAUGGGCCCAGUAUCCGAACUUGAUAUGGAUUACUCGAUGGACUGCUACUUCCGGCAAUCGUGGCGAGACUCGCGCCUGAGUUUCCUAGGCCCGAUUAAAUCGCUCAGCCUCAGCAUCAAAAUGCUUGAGAGGAUUUGGCGUCCUGAUACCUAUUUCUACAAUGGCAAGCACAGUUAUGUGCACACGAUCACCGUGCCGAACAAGUUGCUAAGAAUCACCCAGGAUGGCGAUAUACUGUACUCCAUGAGGCUCACUAUUAAAGCCAAAUGUCCUAUGGAGUUGAGAAACUUCCCCAUGGAUCGACAAUCUUGCCCGUUAAUAAUGGGAAGCUAUGCGUAUACAUCUGGACAGCUGGUUUACGAAUGGCAAGAAGGUUCAUCGGUAAACUUUGAGCCUGGCAUGGCACUUUCGCAGUUUGAUUUGAUGGGCUCGCCGUAUAGGAACCUUACGUUCGUACGUCGAGAGGGCGAGUUCUCGGUGCUGCAGGUGUCUUUCAAUUUGCAACGGAAUACUGGUUACUUUCUCAUACAAGUUUAUGUGCCGUGCGUUUUGAUAGUCGUCCUAAGUUGGGUGUCCUUUUGGAUUCAUCGUGAGGCAACGAGUGACCGGGUGGGUUUAGGAAUUACUACCGUCUUGACGCUAUCGACGAUAAGCCUCGAUUCCAGAACGGAUUUGCCGAAAGUUGGGUACGCCACUGCUCUGGAUUGGUUCCUCCUGAUGAGUUUCGGUUACUGCAUCGCCACCCUCUUGGAAUUUGCCGGUGUACAUUACUUCACGAAGAUCGGCAGCGGUGAAGUUGCGUUGGACGACGAAGAGUGGGAAGAGUGGGAGGGCAUCGCAAACGAGCAGUUAGAGGAUAUGUUCCGCAAAAUGAUUUCUUGCAAUCGUCAGACUGCUCAACCAGAAAUUAUCGACGCGAGUACCAGAAGACGUGAUUCUCUCAUGUCUGCGCUCCGCAAUGUUGAUGCGGAUACGUAUGAACGAGACUCCUGCCGUUCCCUAAGAGUCGCCGUUUCUUCAAACCCACCCACGAUGGAGAAACAUACGCAAACCGAACUUGUUUUAUCGAUAUGGCGGCAAUUUCUCUAUUGUUUAGCGGGGGAUGACGCUUUCAGGCGUCGUCGACAACGAGAAGCCGCCAGUAGCUAUCGAAAUAAAUGUGGCAAUCGCAUAUCGCGGCACAUAAACAGCGUGUCUUACAUCGACAGAGUGGCGCGAAUAGUCUUCCCCGCAUCAUUUGGCUUACUCAACGUCUGCUACUGGGUAGUCUACGUUACCUAUCAAGAAGAAUUCAAAUGGCAGGACCCGCCGAUUGGAUCGAUAAUGCCAAUCUCUCGUUAGUGAUACGUAAUAAAGCAAAUCGUUAUAUAUUAAAAAUCAAA